CCUUGCUAGACCGUGAUGUUAUCUGCUAGCAAAGUUUCUUUUGGUCUAGAAAUAAUCUCAGAGAGGAACAGGGGGGACAGAUGAGAGUAAUAAAGGUCUGAAGUUGAGCUGAAGAAAAGGGUCAGGUUUAUACAUUUUAAACAAUUCUGAAGAAAACUAACGGACCAAAGAGGCAAUACGUUGUCUGCAUGUAUAGCAAAUGGGGACAGUCUGACUGCAAAGUUUGAAAGACGGAAUUGUGAGAGGUGGAGGACAGAGACUGAAACUUUCUUUUUUUUUCACAAAACUUGAUGCAGUGGAGGUGUGUGCAGCCUGCAAGGUACCCGUCGGAUCUGCCGCAGUGGAGUACGUUUACAUUUGCUGUUGAAAACAGUACAGCACCUACUUGCAAUAUUCCUUUUUAUUAGUAUUUAUUUUGGCAUUAAUUUUUUUGAGCGCUGACAGCAAAUUUGUCAAACUAUUUGGACUACGGUUUUAGGAAGCUAUUUUGUAAAUGCGUUAAUUCAAUGGAAUAUAAAUAAACAACGGUGUUUUAAACUGAUGGAAAAUAUAGAACAUUGAUCUCUUUAUAACCCAUGUAUGUAUAUUUAUGUAGCGGGUGACAUACUUUUUAUAUAUAUAUAUUGUCAUACCAUUACUGAUAUACAGGCGCUUCGGUCACCGUUUGAAAGCACAAGGGUUAAACGUUAGUUUUAAAGAUGAACUACUAUAUUUUGAGCAUUUUUCUAACGCUGGAUUUAGCCACGGUGGCUAUCAGCCUGUCUACCUGCAGUACCCUGGAUAUGGACCAGUUCAUGAAGAAGCGGAUCGAGGCAAUAAGGGGGCAGAUCCUGAGCAAAUUGAAGCUCUCUAGCCCACCUGAACACUACCCUGAUCCCGAGGAAGUGUCACAGGAGGUUGUCGCCAUCUAUAACAGCACCAGGGACCUGUUGCUGGAGAAAGCCAACGAGAGGGCUGCGACUUGCGAAAGGGAAAGGAGCGAGGAAGAGUAUUAUGCUAAGGAGGUUUACAAGAUAGACAUGUUUCCCCUUUAUUCAUCUGGAAAUUACAUCUCUGCAAAUUAUUACAAUCCUUACUUCAGGCGCCUCAAGUUUGAUGUUUCAUCAAUGGAGAAAAACGCAUCAAAUUUGGUGAAGGCAGAACUUAGAGUUUUUCGAUUACAAAAUCCAAAGGCAAGAGUAUCUGAACAGCGAAUUGAACUUUAUCAGAUCGUAGGCCACAAAGAUCUAACGUCACCGACCCAGCGCUACAUUGACAGUAAGGUAGUGAGAACAAGAGCGGAAGGGGAAUGGCUGUCUUUUGAUGUUACAGAAGCUGUGAGUGAAUGGCUUCUUCACAGAGAUAGAAACAAUGGAUUCAAGAUAAGCUUGCAUUGCCCGUGUUGUACAUUUGUACCUUCAAACAAUUACAUCAUACCAAAUAAGAGUGAAGAACUAGAGACAAGAUUUGCAGGAAUUGACGAUAACUAUAGCAGUGAUUUGAAAGUAUUCAAGAAGAAAUUCAAUGGGAAAACUCCUCAUCUCUUACUGAUGCUGCUACCAUCCUAUAGGCUUGAGUCUCAACAAAGUGGUCGAAGGAAGAAACGUGCCUUAGAUGCUGCAUAUUGUUCUAGGAAUAUACAGGACAACUGCUGCUUGCGCCCAUUAUAUAUUGACUUUAAGAGGGAUCUUGAUUGGAAAUGGAUUCACGAACCCAAAGGAUAUAAUGCCAAUUUCUGUGCAGGGGCCUGUCCAUAUUUAUGGAGUGCAGAUACUCAACAUAGCAAGGUGCUCAGUUUAUAUAACACGAAAAAUCCAGAAGCCUCUGCAUCUCCAUGCUGUGUAUCUCAAGAUUUAGAACCUCUUACUAUCCUGUAUUAUAUCGGAAAAACUCCCAAAAUCGAACAGUUGUCAAAUAUGAUUGUCAAGUCUUGCAAGUGCAGUUAAAACUUUUGAAAAUCCUGGGUACAUCAGUGUUAAAAAAGAAAAAAAAUCACAACACACGGUACUAGUCUGUUUGGAAGAAUCUUUACAGCCAACAGGAGCAAAGCAUUUCGAAGGCAUUAAUUCCUAUGCUUCACCUACUAUGUUAGUGAGAUAGAGGAGAAACAGAACAUUGUAAACACUGGAAGAUUUUGUAAGUGUUAAUAUGUGAAAUAAAUUGAAGAAUCCCA